UGUCCACAACCUCUACUCAGCUCCAGCAGGUGCUCUGCCAGUCGUGAAGAUCCCCAAAAAGAGAGGGAGAAAACCUGGGCACAAGCUGAAGUCUCGUGUCCUGAUGACUCCCUUAGCAAUCUCUCCACCCAGAAGCACACCAGAGCCAGAUGUUAGCUCAAUCCCCCAGGAUGCAGCUACGAUCCCCACCUCGACCACCCCGCAGGCUCUCACAGUCUGCAUUUAUGUCAACAAGGAAGCCAACCUGGGGCCAUACCUCGACAGGAAAAAAGUGCAGCAGCUCCCAGAGCACUUUGGGCCAGAGAGGCCAUCGGCAGCCCUGCAGCAGGCUGUGCAAGCCUGCAUCAACUGCGCGCUCCAGCAGAAGGAGGUCUUCUCGCUCAUCAAGCAGGGCUAUGGAGGGGAGAUGGUCUCAGUUUCAGCUUCUUUCGAGGGGAAGCAGCACCUCCUGAGCCUGCUGGCAGUGAACAGCAUCGGCUACGUCCUGCGCUUCCUGAAGAAGCUGUGCCGCAGCCUCCUGUGCGACAACCUCUUCAGCAACCAACCCUUCCAGCAGCACAGCACUGGGCUGGAAAGCCCACAGCUGUAUGAGGACAGGAUGGAGGCAGAAACAGCCAUCCCCGAGGACUACCUGGCUGACCCUGCCAAGGUGAAGCGGUUCGGUGUGGACCCUGCCGAUCCUGCCCUUGGCUGCGUGAGCUCCGUGUACGCAAUGCGCCACAGCCCUGCCGAUGGACGUCCUGCUGCAGCCUCCUCUUCCUCCUGCAGCCAUCGGCCGACCCAGAUGUCUUCAGUGGGGUCCUCACCUACUGGCCUGAGGCAUCAGACCUCCAGCCCAACGAGGAACGGGACCUACAGUGAAGGAAACAGAAGUGCCUCAAGUCCUUCACCAGAACGCCAAGACCCAGCUCGGCCAUCAAGCAAGAAUCCCUUGACCUGGACGGUGGAGGAUGUGAUUUGGUUUGUGAAGGAUGCAGACCCUCACACUUUAGGUCCUCAUGUGGAGCUCUUCAGAAAACAUGAGAUUGAUGGCAACGCUUUGCUGCUGCUGAAGAGCGACAUGAUCAUGAAAUACCUGGGGCUGAAACUGGGACCUGCGCUGAAACUCUGCUACCACAUCGAUAAGCUCAAGCAAGCCAAGUUCUAA